GGUGGCUGGCUGGUGGCUGGCUGGUGGCUGACUGGUGGCCGGGUGGUGGGUGGCGGCUGGGCAUGGCCGACGAGACCGGAGACGACGACGUCCUCCUGCACGCCGAGUUCGGCGCGAGGCGGCGCGAGAGCUGCGCCCGCUACGCCCUCACGCUCACGCGCGCCGCGCUGCACGCCCAGCCGCUGCCCCCCGCGGCGGCGCGCGACCCCUCGCGCCGUCUCCUCGUGCCGCUCGCCGACGUCGUCGGCUGCCACGCGCUCAGGCACAGACCGAAGUCGACCUCGUCGCAGCCUUCGCCCUCCCCGCCGUCCCCAUCGUCCCCCGCGCCCCCCACGUCCUCGAACUGUCAGUGGGCGUACGUGACGGUGUUUGCCUACCCGCGGGGGGGGGGCACGGGAAAGGGGAAGGGGUCCCGCUCCCCCGCGCGACACACCUUCCGCAUCGACUCGCACGGCGACGCGGAUGGCAACAUUCGCGAAGCACGCCGCUGGGAGACGGCCAUUGUCAGCCUGCUCAGGGGAGAGAGGAGCCCCUCAGGCCUCCCACCUCGUCGCCGUCGUCUCCUCAUCCUUGUGAACCCGUUCAGUGGGACGAAGAAAGCUCAGCUGAGGAGCCAGCGCAUCCUGCACCCCAUAAUGGAGGAGGCCGACAUUCAGCAUCACACCAUCAUCACGGAGAGGGCUGGGCAUGCAAGCACCUUGGUUCAGCAGAUAAACCUCUCCGAAUGGGACGGGAUCGUGAUCGUGUCUGGGGACGGACUCCUGUUUGAGGUUAUAAAUGGCCUCAUGUCUCGUCCGGACUGGAAAGACGCGAUCCGGAUUCCUCUGGGGAUCUUCCCGUGCGGAUCUGGGAAUGCCAUGGCUGGAUCGAUCAACCACUACACAGGCCACGACAUGGCGGUGGGCGACGUGCUGGCGCAGCACCUGGCGUUCCUGCUGUGCCGGGGCGGCGUGGCGCCGCUCGACCUGGUGUCGGUGCGCUUCGCCUCGGGCCGCCGCCUCUUCUCCUUCCUGUCGGUCGCGUGGGGCUUCGUGUCCGACGUCGACAUCGAGAGCGAGCGCUUCCGCGCCAUGGGAUCCGCGCGCUUCACGCUGGGCGCCAUCGUGCGCCUCCUCGCGCUGCGCAGCUACCCGGGCCGCCUCUCCUUCCUGCCAGCGGAGGCGGCCGUCGGCAAGAGCUCCGCCGCUCGCAGCUUUGCCGCGGCCGGCGGCGCCGCCGCCGCCGGGCUCCGCCGGCAGAUGUCGGACCUGGGGCCGUGCGAGAUCGGCGCGGGGAACGUGCGGGAUGCGAGGCACAGCGCCGGCGAGGAGGCGGGGAGGAAGGGGGCGGCGGUAGCGGCAGCGCUGGACGGGGAUUUGGACGAGAACCGCAACGGGCACGGCGGCGGCGGCGACGACGACGACGACGACGUGUUUGGCAGCGGCGAUGCGCUGGAGCGCCUGGGCGGCAAUCCGGACGAGACGAAUCAUCGCGGGACGAGUGACCGCGUGGCGGGGCGGGCGGGGACGGGAAGCGAGAACGAUAUUGGCAGCGGAGGAGGAGGGAUCUCCACUGGAGCCAACAACCCGGGUUUGGACGGCGACGUGUUGGACGGCGCCAAUCGCAGGACGGUGGAGCCCGGCGAGGCGACGAAUCAACCCGGCCGGGACUCGCGCCCGGACAGAACCGCGAACCCCUUCGUCGACACGAACGGCGGCACGACGCUGCCCGGCGGCGUCGACGUGAACCCGCUCGGCCCCGAGGACGACCUCCUGCCGCCGCUGGACGAGCCGGUUCCGCCUUCGUGGGUGACUCAGGAGGCCGACUUCGUGCUGGUGCUCGGGCUCUACCAGUCGCACCUGGGCGCCGACCUGGCGACGGCGCCGGCGGCGCGCGCCGACGACGGCGUCAUCCACCUGCGGGCGGUGCGCCGGGGCGCCCCCCGCGCCGCGCUCGUCCGCUUGCUGCUGGGCGCCGGCGGGGAGGCGGAGCCGGCGCUCGCCCCGUUCCUCACGGCGGAGCGCGUGCGGGCGUUCCGCCUGCAGCCGCUCGGCAAGGAGGGCGGCAUCGUGACGGUGGACGGGGAGCGCUUGCCCUGCGAGGCGCUGCAGGCCCAGGUGCACCCGGGCAUCGCCAACGUCAUGGGCUUGUGCGGCGCGGGGCCGCCGCGUGGCGCCGUCUGACGGGCGAGCGGGGCCCUGGGCGAGGGCGAAGACUCCUCCCGGGGGUUCGUCGGCGUCAUCGUCGCCAGCCGCGCUCAAUCCGCCGCCGGAUGAAGGCCCUGCCGAGCCGCCGCGGCCACCCGCUCCGGUCCUGCAUUGGCAACGACUUGCGCACGAGAUGAUGUCAUCGCCGCUCCACCUCCGCUGCGGACGGCCUCUCGGACACAUUCCGUUCCUUGGCUGCCGCUGUUAUUAUUCCUUGACCAUUGCGCGUUCUGGCCGUGGAAUAUCCUGCCCCGGGCCCACCAUACUUAGCACGAGGGUCAGGGUCGUUAUUAGGCGUUAGGGCUCGUGUUGGUGGAUGUGUAGUGCGGAACUCGCACGGAGGCAAGGUAACGUAACACCCGCUCAUUCUUGAUUAACCUCCAGACGCGCCAGUUGUGGGCGCACACGACACUGCACACAUAGCACCACGCAUGGUACACAUUAAUCCUUACUAGCUACCACUACUCUCACCUUCACCGCCCACACCUGCUCACUUCCCCCAGCACGCCGGCUUUUAUUCCCCCAGCUAGACUUCGCCUACCUUCCAGGAGCUGCUCGACAGCCAACCCGCAGCCCACACACAGACGCCUCUCCUCAGCUGCACGCGCGUCACUCAAUUACCACACGUGCCUCUCAUCAGCUGCGCAUGCAUUACUACACCACACACGUGCCUCUCAUCAUCUGCACGCGCAUUACUACACUACAUAUGCAUUGGGCCGAGUGUUAGUGGAAUGGGUCAUAGUGUUGUUAGGUUUGCCAGCAGGGUUACUGUUAGAAUCGGGCUAGGGUUACGCUUAGGGCUACUUGCUCUGAUGUGGCGUCACGUGACUCAAGCACGUGUGACAGCACCCACGCAGACCCUCUCUGAGCCCUCCCCUCCAGCACGGGACCAAUUACCCCAAUGCCUCCACUUACAGAAUGGGGUGAGGUGCCAGGGGUUGGUUGUUAUUCAGGGUUAGAGGCUAGGGUUAGGUGUUUGGUCGGUGUUAGGUUUAAAUUUUACAAUUAUAAUUAAGGCUGUGGCCAUUGCUAGGGUCGGGGUUAAUGUAAGGGUUAGGAAUAGCGUUAAUUUCAAGUUGUUUAUGAUGCGUUGCUGGUGGUGGUGAUGAUGAUAAUGAUGACACUUAUGCCUUAAUGCAAUCUUACCACGAAGAUGCUACGAUACACGGUACGUCGUUAAGAGAACCACGACAAUUGUAUUUAUCCAUUUAGGAAAAAAUACUAUCCUGUGGUGAUCAUCGCUGGCUCGUUCACUUUCGCCUAAAUAUUUAAUUUCCUGACUAAAUAUUUCAAUAUUUAAGAAAGGACAAAACCUAAAGUUGAUACAAAACAAUAAUUAGUAGGGCCGUCCUUAGAGAGGGUGUGGGGGGCGGGCAAAUGACACCACGUGGGCCUCAAACUGAACCGGGAGUAUCACGUCUGACACCCCCGCGAUGUCGAAGUGUGCGAGGUGCCCCCCCCUCCCCAAAUCGCGGGGCCCGGGGCAGUCGCCCCGAUCCGCCAUCCUAAGAAAUUUGUACUUUCUAAAAACGUUUUAUGGAAUUCUUGGCGGAAUUUUUGUUUUUAAAUAUAUAUAUUGGUAGUGCCGGCUUGCUGCGUGGGUGCUGCUGCCUUCCCUCUCAUCUGUGGUUAUCCACAAAUAGAGACGUUUUGGGUUACUUCGCGUUAAAUAUGUGUCGUGAAAACCGCAACGGCCAUUUGGUAAGGUUUGUCACUUAAAUCAAAACGUGUCAUUUCCGUACGAGUUAAGCGCAACGAUGUGUGGGAGAGCAAACCCACAGCUACAAUUCGAGCACGACGUUUCACCGGUAAUUGCAACCAGCAUCAUCAGGCGAACGUUGUAGUCGAAUUGUACAUUUUGUCGUGGGUUUACUGUUUAAUAUAUCGGUGUGCUGAAACUAGUCAAUGAAAUUGGCACGUUUUGUUUUAUGUGACAAACCUUACGAACUGGGCUGUGUGGUGUGGUGGCGGGUUUAACGACGCACAGUUAUAUUUCCGCGGUCUAACCCAAAAAAAACCUCAUGGAUAAUAUUGGUCGCGAAAAGCCCCACGACUACGUGUUCAACUCAUCUGUGGUUCCUCCCCACGCCUCCGAGUCGUCCACUCUGCCUCCCCUCGAAAGUGGGCGAGUCCUGCGCAGCGCGUUAGAGAAGCUGAACAUCACGGCGAUUAUACGACGUCCUCAUCACCACAGUUGACAUCACGACUGUUGGCGUAACUGACGGCAUGCGCGUUGCAAGCGCGUUGCGAGCGCGAUGGGAGCGGUUAAUGAUCAUCGGGACUCGGGGCAGCGAGCUUGCGUCGGGCGAACUGCAGUUGGGGAACGCUUAAGCAAUCUUUCUUCGCACUGACGCGCCAAUGAGCGGCAGGAAAAAAAUGCAAUACAAUUGUGAAAUGCAGGGUCGCGGGAAACUGAUGACGCGAUGGGUCGCCACGUCGCAAACUCUGAUAUGAAAUGGUAACGUGAAAAAUGAUAUUGCGGGGAAGCAAAAAACUCGCGUGGAAAAUCGCCGAAAUUUCCUCCGUCGAUUUAAAGUCUUGGCAUCUCCAAUGGUGGCCACUUCAGCCGAUGGUGGACAUUCCACAUUCCUAUGGCAGGGACCAGUCUAUUCCAUAUAAUGACCACUAGUGUUGACUUAAAACAAAGUAGGUGUUACUUAAUUUACCCAACCUGGAUAUAUGAUGAUGGCAAUGACGAUGAUGGUGGGCUGAGUCAACCCAAGACCGGGAUUUUAACUCGGGACCAUUCCCGUUUCAGGGGCCUAACGAUUCAUAUAUUAGUUAAUUCAAAUUGAUUAUGACGCUCGCGAUACAUUAAUUGAAUCCUGUGUUAUUAAGAGCCGAUGUUAUUUUGUUUUAACACGCGCUAUUGAGACGAUCGUUGGCGCCCUGAUUAGCGCACCGCAAUCUGAACCUGGCUCCCCCCAAGUUCACAUCCUGGCCAUGGCCAGCAUCAGUUGUGAGUGAUAUCUAAACAGAUCCUGUUCAGAUUUCACCACCUUUAUCCCCCUCCCACCUCCUUUACCAACCCACGCUGACCAGUACGGAGAAGUAUAGGCAGCAACUCAUUGGAUUUCCGUUUGGGUAGAUGGGCAGUGACGCCCUGGCGAAUGCACUCUGUUGAAUCGUGUUGUUAAGUCGCAGUAGAGUAGUUUUGUUAUAUUCAUCUCCAAGGGUAAUUUCACCUGAUGGUCUGCUCAGACCUCAGUCGGUUGAAUAAACGAGGAAAACAUAUCAGAGGUGAGUUGCCGCUGCCGAGAUCCUGGCCUUGAGCCCUGGGACCUGGGGGUCUCUCUCAGGGGAUUCAUAAUGGCCAUGCCUUACACACUGAGUUGGCACUUCAGAGAUCUGGUCUUGUGCCCUUGGCCUGGGUGCGUCUCUCUCUCUCUCAGGGGUUCAUAAUUGCCAAUGACUCAGAGACCCAUAGACUUACACAGAGACGCAUAGACUCUUACAGAGAUGCGUAGACUUGCACAGAGAUCCAAAGACUCGCACAAAGACCUAUAACCGACUGCCCUUCUCGAUGUAUCUGGACAGUGUCUUAAGAUGCAGUCGCAUUUAGAUGCCGUCUAAUCCAAUAAUCUAUUGCAUAUCAUCCUAUGGGUCACUACGUCAGUCUGUGGGUCUCUGUUUCUGUACUACAUCUUGGGACGCAUUGAGACUCACAGGGACUUCGCAUGUAAUUAACAGCGGGACCCACUAAUCUGGAACAAAUGAUGUUUCCGGAGAUGACAUUGCAUUAAAAUACGCGGAGAUGACUAGAAGGCUCUUGAAGGUCAAAUUACAAGAAUCUCCAGCGCAUUGCUAAUGUAGCUUUAACUCGGGCUGAACGUAUUCUUGGUUCUUUCGGUAAAGUCACGCCGAAGGGAAACAAUAAAAUAAUAAAAAUAUAAAACAAUUAAAUUCUCACGACGUUUCGACUGCAACACAAGCAAUCAUCAUCAGGUGUGAAAAC